AUGCUGCUGUGGGUCACUCCUUCAUCCUAUUCUCCUCCAAUCAGAAGCUCCCAAUCUCUGCAUCCCGCCGCUGGUCUGUCCAAACCCUCCAUGACUGGCCGAAAUCCCGCCGGUUUAAGACGAAGCGAGGGGACGGACUACGGCAACCGUCCCAUCAAACUGGCGGGGAAAGUCAUCAUCCAGGAGAUCUCCUGUCUGCUGCCCGUCCACAAGGCUCUGGGGGAGAUCUACAUACUGAACGUGAACGACAUCCAGGAAACAUGCAAGAAGAACGCAGCAGCGGCGCUCACAGUCGGACGCAGAGAUGUGGCGAAGGUGUGGGCCCUGGCGUCUGCAGCGACUGAUCAGGACCUGAGUCCAGACUCAGACCCGGACACAGAGACCCCCUGGGCCAGACACCCGUUUGGACGGCAACUGCUGGAGACUCUUCUGGAUCACUACAGUCAGAUGAGCGACGUGCAGACUCUGGCCAUGUUGUGCAGCGUGUUCAGAGCUCAGCCUCCUGCAGACUGUUACUCUCUGUACGGACAGCAGGCGUCACGCUCCUCCAUCUUCCCCCCGCACCACUCGCGAUACCCCAGUUACACGUCCAGCUCCGUCACCUCGGGCUCGUGCUCCAGCACCUCGGACUCCAUCACCACGACCACCUGGAACGCAGGUAGAGAUUCUGAGCACGUCAACCCCUGGGGUGAACCCUCCCCUGAUGACUAUCGCUAUGGUAACCAGGGUUACACAGACCCUCGGGAACGAGAGCGAGAGCAGCACGACAUGAACAAGAGACUGCUGGACCCCGCCAACACGCUGCAGUUUGACGACUUCAAGAAGUGUUACGGAGAAAUCUUGUACCGCUGGGGUCUGAGGGAGAAAAGGGCCGACGUGCUGAAGUUCGCCUCCUGCCCUCCUGAACCCACAAAGGCAUCGGUACGUUACUCUGCAGACAGCUGCUGAUUGUUAAAGGUGUCU